UCUGUCAGAAAAAAUUCUCGAGCUGAAAUCCGCUACACGGUCACACUUUUACUGCUUCUCUUUUUCUGCCUUUAGAGUAGUUAUUUCGGGGUUUAGAGCCUCUGCGGACACACAAAGAGAACAUGCCCGGACAGAGAUAACCGUCCCCGGGCUGCUGCUGCCCCCUCAGCCGGCUGAAGGACAGGAGCAGGACGGACAGACGCAGAUGGAGAGGCCGGGCAGGAUGCUGUUGCUGUCCGAGCUUCGCGUCAGAAACGCGGCGUACGACGUGAGCCUGAGUCGGUCCGUGCUCACCUGGAAGAGACGGACCUCCAGCACGGUGUAUCACCCGUUCAGGCCCAGGUUUUGUGUUCCAUCGUUCCCUCGUCGUCGACCGGACCCAGGUGUGGGUCACACUGUGUCAGUGUCGGAGAUCCUCUCUGUCAGAGAGGAAGAGGAGAACAGCAGCAGACGAAGAGACGAUGGCAGCUGGAAAAAAAUCAAAGAGAGAGAAGGAAAGGACUGUGGGCCGGCCUUCACUGUGUCGUACGUGGAGAGGAGUCCGCACCACCGCUGGCGGUGUGCUGAGGUCACCUUCGCGUGUCCGGAGGAGGCGCUGUGUCAACACUGGGUCAGCAGCAUCAGAGAGCAGCUCGCAACCAUCGUCAGCAGACCCAAACGCCUGCUGGUCUACAUCAACCCAUACAGCGGGAAGCGUCAGGGAAAACGCAUCUACGAGCGAAAAGUCGCCCCGCUGUUCUCCCAGGCGGGUGUCUCCACGCACGUCAUCGUGACGGAGCGCGCUAAUUAUGCAAGGGACCACCUGAAGACGGGGGCGGAGCUGCAGAAGUUUGACGGGGUGGUGUGUGUCGGAGGGGACGGCAUGUUCAGUGAGAUCAUCCACGGGCUGAUCUGGAGGACGCAGAUCGACGGCGGCGUAGAUCCAAACUGUCCGGAAGAAGCACUGAUCCCCUGCACGCUUCGCAUCGGAAUCAUUCCUGCAGGUUCAACCGACUGUAUCUGCUUCGCCACUGUGGGCACCAACGACCCCGUAACGUCUGCACUGCACAUCAUCGUGGGAGACUCUCAGCCGAUGGACGUGUGCUCGGUACACCACAACAACGCUUUCCUGCAAUACUCCGUCUCUCUGCUGGGAUACGGUUUCUACGGCGACGUGCUAACUGACAGCGAGAAGAAGCGAUGGAUGGGACCGGCCAGAUACGACCUCUCAGGUGUGAAGAUGUUCCUGACUCAUCAUUACUAUGAAGGAACGGUGUCUUACCUGCCGGCCAAAGGCAUCAUGGGAACGCCGCGGGACGCCGCCAGGUGUCGAUCUGGCUGUGUGGUUUGUCAGCACAACAGGCAGCUACUUCCAGAGAAAGCUGAGAUGUACGAGGUGGAUGAAGCAUCAGGCAGCGAGAGUGACAGCGAGUGGAGGACGCUCCGAGGGAAGUUCCUGGCUAUAAACGCUGCCAGUAUGAGCUGCGCUUGUCCACGCAGCCCCAAAGGCCUCUCACCUGCCGCUCACCUGGCCGACGGCACCACCGACCUCAUCCUGGUCCGAAAAUGUUCCCGCUUCGACUUCCUCCGACACCUCCUGCGACACACCAGCAAGGACGACCAGUUUGACCUGGCGUUUGUUGAGGUCCACCGGGUGCGGCGUUUCCGCUUCACGCCGCGUCACUGCCAGAGCGACUCGGACCUGGACCUGCGGGAGAACGGCAAGCACCAGAUCUUCAGCCAGAUCUGCCGAGACCACCCGGCGUGCGGCUGCGCCCCCGCCUACAGCAGCUGGAACUGCGACGGCGAGAUCCUGAACCACACAGCCAUCGACGUCCGAGUGCACUGCCAGUUCAUCCAGCUGUUUGCGCGAGGGAUUGAAGAACCUAAGGUGUUCGAGGAGCUCCCCAACCCCUGUGCAAUAUAGGCCCGCACCCCACGUUGUUCCCCGUCAGACACUGGAGCCAUCGCUCUGUUUUCCAGGCUCGGCCUACGUCCACUGUCACCGCGACAAUCGCCACAUCCUUUCACCAGGAGGCUCGGCAGGAUUUACCCAGUCGGCAACGAGUCGUGCUGUUGCUCAACAAA